AUAACACCAGCUGGGUUCAUUUGAAAGAGGACAUCUUGGAAAGAGCUGACGGCGCUGCUUUUGGAAUAACACUGGAAUGAAAAUCUGAAAUAAUUAGCACCUUCCUGUCUCAUCUUUGCAAGAAAUGGUGACUCUUGCUAUUUAUCUGCUGGUCAUUUUGGCUCGAGGUCUUGCAGGGCCUUGCACUCCAAAUAAAGCAGAUGUAAUUCUGGUAUACUGCUAUCCUAAAACCAUCAUAACCAGAAUUCCAGAGUGUCCCUAUGGAUGGGAGGUUAAUCAGCUGGCACUUGGAGGCAUUUGCUACAAUGGGAUCCACGAUUCAGGAUAUUACCAAUUCACAAUCCCAGACCUGUCACCUAAAAACAAAUCAUACUGUGGCACACAGUCAGAGUUCAAGAAUCCCAUAUACCACUUCUACAACUCCAUCGUCUCCAAUGACUCCUCGGUGAUUGUGAAGAACCAGCCUGUGAAUUACUCAUUCACCUGCUCAUACAAUGCCAACUACCUGGUGAACCAGGCUGCCUUUGACCAAAGGGUGGCCACUGUCCAUGUGAAGAACGGGAGCUCCGGCUCAUUUGAAAGCCAGCUGUCCCUCAACUUCUACUCUAAUGCCAAGUUCUCAAGUAUAAAGGAAGCCCCCUUUGUGGUUGAAACAUCAGAAAUUGGUUCUGACAUAUUCGCUGGAGUGGAAGCCAAGGGCUUAAGUGACAGGUUUAAAGUUGUUCUCAACAACUGCUGGGCAACUCCCUCCUCAGAGUAUUUCUACCAGAUCCACUGGCCUUUGAUCACCAAGGGGUGUGCCACGGACUACUCCAUCCUAGUGCACGAGAACGGCAAAACGAACCGGGCCACGUUCCAGUUCAACGCCUUCCGCUUCCGCAACAUCCCCAAGCUGUCCAAGGUCUGGCUGCAUUGCGAGACGCACAUCUGCGACAGCGAGAAGUUCUCCUGCCCCGUGAUAUGUGACAAGCGAGGGCAGCGCGCGGAACAAACCGGAGGCGUUCUGGUGGCGGAGAUCACCGUGCGCAGCAAAGGUUUAUCCAGAUUUUACACACUCUCAGAUGUCAUCUUCCACCUACUUUUUGUGAUUGGAUUUUCUGCUGUUUUAUUAUAA